AUGGCAUCGUGGUCGAUGAACGAAAACAUGCUAUCGCAAAUCUUCGACACAGGAAAAAAUCUGACAUCUUCAAUGGUGAAUCAAUCAAAAAAAGUUGGUAAUAUUAUUAAAACUGCCGCAAGUUCUGCUGGAACCAAGUGGGAAAAGAGUUCUCCAGUCACAAAAGCAUGCAUCAUUGGCUCGGCGACUGCUGUAGUAGCUCCAUUGGCCAUAAUACCCGCCAUAGGUAUAGUCGGAUUUACAUCAGCUGGAGUGGCAGCUGGUAGUCUUGCAGCGUCCAUGCAAACAGCAACGACCGUAUCGGGAAGUGUUUUCGCUCUAUGUCAGUCUGCUGGAGCUGUUGGAGCAGUAGCUACAUCAACUUCCGUGGGUGUGGGGCUUGCGGCUGGUGCCACUGCAGGCGGUGUAACAGCUGCAGUUUGCGAGAAAAAGCGUCCUAGUCAGAACAAUGACGAGAAUGGACAGGCUAAAGCUGAGGAAGAGGAAGAUGCUCAAGGUGAUUGUGACGAGUCUUUGUCACAACCUCUCUGUCCUGCUCUAUAUCAGUCUGCUGGAGCUGUUGGAACAGUAGCUACAUCAACUUCCGUGGGUGUGGGGCUUGCAGCUGGCGCCACUGCAGGCGGUGUAACAGCUGCAGUUUGCGAGAAAAAGCGCCCUAGUCAGAACAAUGACGAGAAUGGACAUGCUGGAGCUGAGGAAGAGGAAGAUGCUUAA